AUGUUUAUAUUUUUCUUAGUUUAUGUUUAAGCCUAAUUUUCCUCUAAAUUGCACUUUCAUUAUCCAAAUGCUGAUGAAUCAAUUGCAGAAUUUAGAAUAAUUAAUAAACAUGAAAUUGAUUUCACUAAAACUACAUAACCCUUUUCAUUAUUUCCUAGAUCAUUUUUAGAAAAUUUGCACAUAGAAGGAAAGGUCAGAGAAUUAUAUAUCAGUUCAACUCAAGGAAUGAUGCCUGAACUCAAUGCCCCUUAACAUGGAGUUUUAAUUAUUACAAAUGAAGAUGCUGAUUAAUAAAUUGCUAUAAAUCAAAUUUCUGAAAUUUUCAGAAUUGCAAAAUACAAUAUGAUUCAUGAUUAGGCCUAUUAUUAUAAAUUUAAUGGAAAUUAGUCUUACCUUUCUUUUAUGGGAUUUGAUGAUGAUACAAUAUAAGUAGGUAAGGUACUUUUGGCACAAGACCCUACUGAUAAUAUUUGCAUUGAUGGAAUAGAAUCAAUUUUAAAAUACUUUGGUUGUAAUGGGAAGAAAGGAGUUGCUCAAAUUAUUGAUCCUAACACAAUUUUUAGAUCAUCAUACUUAUCUCUUUAAGCUAAAUUUUAAUAUGACGAGUCCACAAAAACAGCAUAUUAAAAAAUUGUGCUUCUAGUGAAAUAUGAGACUUAAUCUAUUUCUAAGAUUUUUAAUUUAGAUCCAAAUUUAUCAUAUCAUUCAUGCCCUGAAUUUGAUUCUGAAUUUAUUUAACAUUCUACUAGGGAAAUAACGUAUAAUUUAAAAUCAGCUGAAUAAUUUAGGAUGGGAUAAUUAAGUAAAAUAUAAGAUGAUACAAACAUGAUCAAAUAUUCACCUAAAAGUAUUGCUAAUAUUAUUAUAAUUAAGUAACUCUUAGAAAAUUCAGUGCUGGGCCUUGGUUUGCUUUUGAUUCUUACAUCCAUUUGUAAGUGACUGCAAAUGAAGAUGGUAUUGUAAGUGUAUUACUCUAUUUUCCACAUGAAUUCACUCCUAUUUAUCAUACAUUAGAAACAAAUUUAGAAAGUUAAAAAUAAUUCAUUUGGGAGAAAGAAACUAAAAAAAUAAUUAUCAAUGCUAAAAUUAAAUAAAAUGAAACCUUUUUGGUCAAAAUUAAGUUUAGCAAGAAACUUAAAAGUUUUGAAGAAUAUCCUCAUGAUCCUGAAAGAGGAUAGGACAUUGUAAAAAUAACUAUUUAAGUUAGAUUACUACUCCUGUAAUUUUUAAUGGAGAAUUAUACUUAACCUCUCAUUAAGUGACAAGAUAACCCUAUCCAGAUUUUUCUAUGCCUUUCAAUAUUUUAACUUUUUCAUCUUUGGCUAUGGGAUAUUUUUUCUUAUAGAUUUUAGGUAUGGCAGUUGAUAAAUUCAUUCUUAAUAAACCAGAAAAAGGAUCUUUGGCUUAAAGACUAUUAAGAAAAAUCUUUUCAUUAAUUUCAUUUUGAAUGAUAAAUUUUUAUGAGAUAUUUUAUUUAUUUUAUAUGUAC